AUGUCACAAUCUCGCCUGAAAUCUUGUAUUCCUCUGCCGAUUGACCACAAGAUACUGGUGUCUGUGAUAGAAAAAGCGAAGGACUGGGCCCUGAUGCACGGAGUCGGGAUGCGAGAUAAAAAACAUUUUAACAAAGAUGUCAUUCAGAUUGCACCAUUUGUUCUCCUGCCAUCACCAUUCCCUCGGACAGAGUUUAAUAAAGCAGUAGAGCUACAGCCAAUAUUAAAUGAAUUAAUGCACAAGGUUGCACAUGACGAUGAAUUUCUGGAAAAGACACUACAAAAUGCACUCCAAGUUGAUGAGUUUACAGCCAAUCUGUUUGAUAUAUGGGUUAAAGUAAGGGAAGAGGGUAUAACUCAGCCAAUAUCACUAGGAAUGCUGAGAUCUGACAUCAUGUUGGAGUCGAGAUGUCCUCAUACAGAGAAUCAAUGCGCUAAACACACACCAUAUUGCUCAUGGAAGCAAGUGGAGAUAAAUAGUAUAGCAUCUGGUUUCGGACAUCUUGGGCCGGUUUCUAAGGAUAUACAGAGCUUCGGGCUCUUCAGAUCGGACUACUUGAUGCAAAGGGACGGUAACCGGAUCAAACAAGUGGAGUUUAACACUAUAGCGUCGAGUUUUGGCGCCCUUACCUCACACCUGCCCUCUAUGUCUCGUUAUAUUCUCCGUCAAUUGGGACAUGGUGAUCUUAUUAAAAAUAUGCCAGAAAAUCGAGCUCUGUCAGGUCUAUGCACCGGUAUAACUGAUGCAUAUGACCUAUUCGGAGUACCGUCAGCAGUUGUACUGUUUGUGGUUGAGGAAGUUUCUUACAAUAUCUGCGAUCAAAGAUUCCACGAGUUUGAAAUAUCGGAGAAGAGACCCGAUAUUAUGAUAUACAGGAAGACUCUGAACGAAAUUUACGAGGAGACGCGACUCAAUGAAAAGAAACAACUUAUAUUAGAGGAUCGUCCCGUAGCCGUGGUAUACUAUCGCUCUGGGUAUGAACCAGCUCAAUAUCCUACUAGCAAGGAAUGGGAUGCCAGGCUAAGAGUGGAAAAAUCAUCGGCGAUAAAAUGUCCAUCAAUACAUUAUCAGUUAGCUGGUACUAAGAAAGUCCAACAGGCGUUGGCUGCUCCUGGAGUUUUGGAGAAGUUUAUGGGCGCUGGCGCUACUACAGGUCGCGUAAGGGAUAUUUUCGCUGGGUUAUACUCAUUGGACUUCGAUGAAAAUGGUGAAAGGGCUGUUGAUAUGGCCCUAGCUGAUGCUGAAAGAUUUGUGUUAAAACCCCAGCGGGAGGGAGGCGGUAACAAUGUGUACGGAGCUGAUAUAAGGGACGCGCUGCUGAGAAUGAGGCAUAGCAGGGAGCGGGCUGCAUACAUACUCAUGGAGAGAAUACUACCGCCCUUAGUUGCAGGUUACGUGGUCCGUCCCGGAGCAGCCGUCCCGCCUCCCAUCACAGAUUUGGUGUCGGAGCUCGGUAUAUUCGGAGUUAUUAUAGGCACGAAAGACAAAAUCUACUGCAACAAGCAAGUCGGUCAUAUGUUACGUACGAAAUUAGCUGACGCCAACGAAGGAGGUGUGGCCGCUGGGCUUGGCGCGCUAGACUCACCGUACUUAUUAGAUAUAUAA